CAGAGGAUGAUCAUGUUGAUAAUGAUCAUGAGUGGUGGUAUUGGAUAAUAUUGAUGAUUAGGAUAACAACAAAAAGACUGUAUGAUGAUAUUGAGGGGAAGAUAUGUUUAUGCCUACUUUCUUUUCUAAAUGAUGGAACAAGGUGAAUAGAUGACAAAUUGAGAAACGUGUUUUGUUAAGGAAAUGUUGAACAGGUCACAACGAACACAAUUUAGCUGUGCUACAGUAGCUCUUGCUUUUGUCACAUGCUAACACGCUGGCAACGAGUUGUUGUUGUUUUCCCAAACAUUGUCAACUCACUAUCAGCACUUCAUUCCUCAUCUCUUGCCUCAUCUAUUGAGCUGUUUUCAUCAUUAAACAGAAAUGUCACCUGCAAAGUUGAGCUUUUCUAUCAGCUGUUCUAUACUUGCAUAAAGUAUAUCAAUUGACUCAAAUUAGACUUCUGUACCUGAGUGGGACGCCCAAAUUAAAUUACAUUUAAAUUAAAUGUCCAUUCCAUCCUAAACUCAACCAUAAAUUGAGGUGAAACACCACGGGUUCCACUGGAACACACCUCUGACAUAACCACUUUGAUUGGCUGCCUGGCACCCUCUGGUGUUGUCAAAGAUGAUUGAUUAUAUAGACGAGUGACCGCUCUAACAAUGGAAAUACAUGUCCUCAAAGAUGGAAGGCAGGCGGGAGGAGGUCAGAUCAGGUGGGACUAUUCUAGCCAAUGAGAGGGCAGAUACGCGUGUGAACAACAGUCACAUCUCCGAUAUAAAGUUGUUUUUUUCUAAGUAUCAGAAAUGCCAUAUGCUUCCACUUAUAUCAGUGCAUUCAUAACAACCUAACCAUUACAAAACUUAUAUUUGUUCAAAUAAGCCUCAUAUAGCAAAUGAGCAAUUACAUUUUUUCGUUGACCACAUUCUAAGCUCUCAUUGAACUCCACUUGUUUUCAUGAGCAGAUUUUGGGUGGAGUAAACCCUCUUGCUUUGCCUCUUCCUCUCUGGUUUUGUGUCCCAGGGUGCCCUUCGACCCCAGUCUUCAGUCUCUGUGAACUUGAUGGGUCAGGCGAGGCGGGGAGGGUGGGCCAGGCGGGGAGCAGGAGGAGGAAGGAUGGGAAAGAGACAAACACCCAAAUACAUUUCUAAUUCAAUUCAAUUGAUUGCUACAAUUCAAAAAUGUUAAAAAGGAAUGACCCCUACCCUGGUAGAUGGUUUUAACCACAACAGAAUAGCUUGCCAAUGGAGAUCUUCAAUUGUAGGCUACUCAGAUAGCAAGGGAACAUUUAUCACAUGGGAGUGGUAACAACAAGUGAGAAAAACGGCAUCUCUAAAAACUAGAAGCUACUUUGGGGUGAGAAUGUGGACGAUACUGCAGGUGGGAAAGUAUGGAGGACAAUGAUGAAUGGAUGGAUGAAGAGUUGCACUAUUGUCAAAUUGAAUUUGAUUGGUCACAUACACAUAUUUAGCAGAUGUUAUUGUGGGUGUAGUGAAAUGCUUCUGUUCCUCUCUCCAACAGCGCAGUAGCAUCUAACAAUUCACAAUAAAAACAUAAAUAUAAAAGUAUAAGAAUGGAAUUAAGAAAUAUAUAAAUAUUAGGACAAGCAUUGUUGGAGUAGCAUUGACUAAAAUAUAGUAGAAUAGAAUACAGUAUAUACAUAUGAGAUGAGUAAAGUAGUAUGUAAACAUUAUUAAAGUGACUAGUGUUCCAUUAUUAAAGUGCCCAGAUUCCAUGUCUAUGUAUAUAGGGCAGCAGCCUCUAAGGUGCUGGGUUGAGUAUCCGUAUGGUAGCCAGCUUGUGAUUACUAUUUAACAGUCUGAUGGCCUUGAGAUAGAAGCUGUUUUUCAGUCUCUCUGUCCCAGCUUUGAUACACCUGUACUCAAAUCAAAUCAAAUGGUAUUGGUCACAUACACAUGGUUGCAGAUGUUAUUGUGAGUGUAGCGAAAUGCUUAUGCUUAUGCUUCUAGAUCCGACAGUUCAGCAGUAUCUACAACAAAAACUAAUAUCUAACAAAACCUAAUACACACAAUCGAGUAAAGGAAUGGGAUAAGAAUAAUAUAAAUAUAUGGAUGAGCAGUAACAGAGCGGCGAAGAUGCAAUAGAUAGUGUAGUUUACUGUAUACAGUAUAUACAUAUGAGAUGAGUAAUGCGAGAUAUGUAAACAUUCUUAAAGUGGCAUUAUUAAAGUGACUAGUGUUCCAUUUAUUAAAGAGUACUGACCUCGCCUUCUGGAUGAUUGCGGGGUGAACAGGUAGUGGCUCGGGUGGUUGAUGUCCUUCCUGUGACUUCGGGUGCUGUAGGUGUCCUUGAAAGCAGGCAGUGUGACCCCGGUGAUGCGUUGGGCAGACCACGCCACCCUCUGGAGAGCCCUGCGGUUGUGGGCAGGGCAGUUACCAUACCAGGCCAUACAGUCUAACAGGAUGCUCUCAAUUUUGCAUCUGUAAAAGUUUGUGAGGGUCUUAGGGGCCAAACCGAAUUCCUUCAGCCUGUUGCGCCUUCUUCACCACACUGUCUGUGUGGGCGGAUAAUUUCAGAUCGUCAGUGAUGUGUACGCUGAGGAACUUGAAGCUUUCCGCCUUCUCCAUUGUGGUCCCAUCGAUGUGGAUAGGGGGGUGCUCCCUCUGCUGUUUCCUGAAGUCCACGAUCAGCUCCUUUGUUUUGUUGACGUUGAGGGAGGGUUAUUUUCCUGGCACCACUCCACCAUGGCCCUCACCUCCUCCCUGUAGGCUGUCUCAUCAUUGUUGGUAAUCAGGCCUAUCACUGUUGUGUCAUCUGCGAACUUGAUGAUUGAGUUGGAGACGUGCGUGGCCAUGAACAGGGAGUACAGGAGGGGGCUGAGCACGCACCCUUGUGGGGCCCCUGUGUUGAUGAUUAGCGAAGUGGAGGUGUUGUUUCCUACCUUCACCACCUGGGGGCAGCCCGUCAGGAAGUCCAGGACCCAGUUGCACAGGGCGGGGUUCCGACCCAGGGCCCUGAGAUUAAUGAUGAGCUUGGUGGGUACUAUGGCAUUGAACACUGACCUAUAGUCAAUGAACAGCAUUAUUACAUAGGUAUUCCUCUUGGGAUAGGGCAGUGUGCAGUGCAAUUGCAUCAUCUGUAGAUCUAUUGGGGCGGUAAGCAAAUUGAAGUGGGUCUAGUUUGCCAGGUAAGGUAGAGUGGAUCUGAUCCUUAACUUGCCUCUCAAAGCACUUCAUGAUGACAGAAGUGAGUGCGGCGGUAAGGCCUAUUGUGGGACUAAAGAUGCGUUUCAAUGGUUUCGGAGUUGGAAAAGAGGGUAGUCUACUAUGCGAGGGUAGGGCUGGAUACUAGCCCAGCUAGGGUGAGAUACUUUUGUAAGACGAGAGUGCUUAUAACAGAAGGAAGUUAGGGAUGUGCUAUGGGUUGGUAGAUAGACGCUUCAUGGUGCUAUCUGUAAAUGCCAUCUGACUUGACUUUCCCAUGAGCUUUUCAUACAUUUAACAAUGCAUCUAUAAAAUACAUCAAGUUAGAGAUGGCUUCCCCUUUUCUCACAACAGAUAUCAGACAAUUCCAUAUUUUCACUUCCCAGAAUCCCUCAAUACCCCAAAAGCCUAAAACCGCAUUUCAUCCACAGCACAAAUGUAAUAUAUUACUGUUACUGUUUUUAUUACGGCCAUACAGGGUACAGAGAAUACAGCGACGAUGCAUAUUGCAAAAGUCUGAGAAAAAUAUGCACUCACAAGCCCUACAUGCAAAUAUGGUGUCUGAAAAAACAAAUAUGACUGAUAUGUAACUGUAUAUUUUGUCAACUGUCAAAAAAAGGACAAAGGGAAGAUAAUGAGGAACGUCUCACUAACAUCUCAUAAAGCGUCUAAGGAGAGGACAAAGAUGAGUUCAAAAGAUAUUGAGGAUCGGUCCCAGUCGUUCAAAACAUCAAACAAUUCAGAUGUUUUCCACCGAAAUCCACCGCCCAAAAGGGACCCGUAAAGCACAUAGAAUUACAUCAGAGAAAAAGAGGUAGAAGAGAGAAAGAGAGAGAAGUGAGAGAGAGAGAGGGAAAAUUCUUGAAGUAUGAGAAAAUGUUACUUGCUCUCCUCCUCUCUCUCUCUCUCUCUCUCUCUCUCUCUCUCUCUUUCCUUCUCUCUCCCACUCUCCUAUCCCCCCUCCCUUUCUCUUGGUCAGUCAAAUCAGAGGUUUCCAAGAGCAGGGAGAGGGAGCUUUGGACUGACUGACAGACAUUGGUCAGGGAGAGGGGUACAGUCUAGCCAGGGAAAUUCUUUGAGUCUUUGAAUAUCCUCCACUUUGAGGCAACGGUUCUACAGAUUCCCAUGAAUAAGACAACCUCUUGAUAAGAAAACCCCUUGACCUGUAGGCACCGCCAUAGCAGAGAGUUCAUGCGUCUGCCCCGGCCUUUCCUUGAAAACUGUCAUUUUUUGAAGUGAUCUACUCUCAGUUUCUCAUCAACCAACAAAGACAAUUGCCCUUCCCCUCCACCUGAAGGCAGCUUCCAGCCAAAAAUGCCUCUUGUCCCAUCCUUCCUCAUCCUGCUCCUCACCUGCCCUGCCCUCCUGACCCCAUCAGCUUCCCAGGGCCUGCAGCCUGGGGGUCAAAGGGCACCCAGGGACACAAAGCCAGAGGGUGGUGGGCAGCCAAUCAAAGUAGUGAUCUCUGAGGCGUGUGUUCAGGGGGACUCCAGUCAGACCCAGGGCAAGGAACUGGACCUUGAGCCUGGUUCUGCUCUAGUCCUUACCCAUCGGAUCCGACUGGUUCCGGGGUCGUGCGCAGGCGGGUGUGAGGCCGAGUUUGCUGCUCUGCGAGACCGUCUGGAGAGGCUGGAGAAGGAGGUGUCAUCAUUGAGGGAGAAGUGUGGAGGCCCAGAGGGGGGCUGCUGCACGUCCCAGCAGAGUAAAGGUGCAGAGUGCUCCAUCAAGCCGGAGGGAGACGAGUGUCCUAAUGAGUGCAGUGACCAGGGACGCUGUGAAGACGGCAAGUGUGUCUGCUUCCCAGGGUUCAGUGGGCCCGACUGCAGUUUGUCUGACUGCCCCGGCAACUGCAAUGACAAGGGGAAGUGUGUGAACGGCCAGUGUGUGUGCGACCCAGGUUUCACAGGGCCAGACUGCUCUUCUGAGUCCUGUCCUGGAAAUUGUAACAACAAGGGGCGAUGUGUGAAUGGGCAGUGUGUGUGCGACUCAGGUUUCACGGGGCCAGACUGCUCUUCAGAGUCCUGUCCUGGAAAUUGUAACAACAAGGGGCGAUGUGUGAACGGGCAGUGUGUGUGCGACUCAGGUUUCACGGGGCCAGACUGCUCUUCAGAGUCCUGUCCUGGAAACUGUAACAACAAGGGGCGAUGUGUGAACGGGCAGUGUGUGUGCGACCCAGGUUUCACAGGGCCAGACUGCUCCACCAAGGCAUGUCCUGGAAACUGCAAAAACGGGGGGAAAUGUGUGAACGGUAAGUGUGUGUGUGAUAGCAGUUUUACAGGCCCAGACUGCUCCACCAAGUCCUGCCCUGGCAACUGCAGCAACCGUGGAAAGUGUGUGAACGGCCAAUGUGUCUGCGAUAGCGGCUUUACGGGGCCGGACUGUUCCGCCAAAGCAUGUCCCAAUAACUGCAGCAACAAGGGAAGGUGCGUGAACGGGAAGUGCGUGUGUGAAGUGGGCUUCAGCGGACAGGACUGCGCCGCUAAGGGCUGUCCCAAUAACUGCAGCAACAAAGGGCGCUGCGUGAAGGGGAGGUGUGUGUGUCGCCGUGGUUUCGCCCCCCCGGACUGCAGCCAGUGUGAAGAUGGGUUCACUGGAGCUGACUGUGGCACCGCCAUGUCUGGUGUGUCCCAGCUCAACACCAAGGACAUCACUGAAUCCUCUGUUACCCUCUACUGGACACCACCUCCAGUCCAGUAUGACACCUACCACGUCACCUUCGCCAGCCAGAAAGAGGGCGAUCAACAGAUAACAUCUCAAGUUGGAGGGAAGCUCACGACCUACACCCAAACAGGACUGGCGGCCGGUCAGGAGUACACGGUGACAAUCAAGGGAGAAAUAAACAGGAGAAUGGGCACUGAGAGCACAGUAGAAUUCACAACCCUUAUCUCUGGACCCACAAACCUUCGAGUUGUGAAGACAACCACAACAUCUGCAGUUGUCCAAUGGGAACAAUCGCAGGGACACGUCGACAGGUAUCGCUUAACUGUUGCACCCAAUCAGACAGACGGGACAGCCAAGGGAAGACAAGACCUGACCCUGCCCCCUGAGAGGGACUCUGCCCAGAUUGACGGUUUGGACCCGGGACAUUUGUAUGACAUCACACUAGUGGCUGAAAAGGGCGGGAUCAAGAGCAAGCCAGCAACAGUCCAAGUCACUCCUGGUCCAGAGCCUCCCUCAGGUCUUGUCUUCAGUGAAGUGACUGAGACGUCUUUCUCUGUGUCCUGGACCAAGCCAAAAGGUCCCGUGAGUGGCUUCAAGGUCACCUACACUAACACACAGGAAGGGGAGCCUCUCUCCGCAACAGUGGACUCUGGGGAUUCCACUCUGGCACUGUCAAAGCUCUCUCCAGGGUCCUCCUAUGAGGUCAGUGUGAUAUCCGUCCUUGGACUGGACGAGAGCGAUGCAAUCAAAGACCUGGUUAUGACACUCCCUGACCCGCCGAGGGAUCUCCGGGCCAUUAAUGUCACAGACACCAAGGCCUUGCUGCUAUGGCGACCAGCACUGGCAACAGUCGACCGUUACGUCAUAGUUUAUGGCUCUGAAAAAGGGUCAGAUGAUGCCAAGAUCACUGUAUCGGGCAAUGCGGCGGAGCAGCAGCUGAAAGGCCUACAGGGCUCCACUAGGUACACCGUCACAGUCACCAGUCAGCUGGGCAACCUGGACAGCUCUGCCGCCAUCACCGUCUUCACCACCACCGGUGGAUCCAGGGGAGACGGGGAAGUUCCGCGUGACCUGAAGGCCAGUCAGGUGACUCCUCGCUCAGCGCUGUUGACGUGGAAAGCACCCUCUGCCGCCGUGGGAAGCUACAAGCUGACCUAUCAAACGGAGGGACAGGAGUUGCAGGAGGUUACCAUUGACUCCACAGUGACAGAGUUCAAAUUGACUAGGCUGCAUCCCAUGUCCAAGUACACCGUGCAUCUACAGGGGGAGAGGGGAGGGAGCUAUACUGCUACAAUUUCCACUGAGUUCACCACAGGGAAUCUCCGAUACCCCUUCCCAAGUGACUGUUCCCAGGAGCUGCUAAACGGGAUACACGAGUCUGGAGAGGUGGAGAUCUUCCCCAGGGGAAGGCAGGGGAAACCAGUGUUGGUCUACUGCGACCAGGUGACUGAUGGAGGCGGCUGGACGGUUUUCCAGAGAAGGAUGGAUGGGAAAACGGAUUUCUUCAGAGGCUGGAAAAACUACAGCAAAGGUUUUGGAGAACUGAGUGGGGAAUUUUGGCUGGGUAAUGAGAACCUACACAAUCUAACCAGCAUGGCACCAAUGACCCUACGUGUGGACCUCCGUGCAGGGGACGAAUCAGUGUUUGCCAAGUACUCUGCAUUCACAGUGGACACUGUUAGAAGGAACUAUGCUCUCAAAGUGUCUGGGUACAGCGGUACAGCAGGUGACUCUAUGAGUUACCACAACGCGCGCAUGUUCUCUACCAGAGACAGAGACCCCACACCUUUCAUCACCCGCUGCGCCAUGUCCUAUAGGGGGGGUUGGUGGUACAAGAACUGCCACGAGGCCAACCUUAAUGGCCUCUACGACACCAGUGUCAAUCACCAGGGUGUGAUCUGGACUGCCUGGAAAGGCAAGGACUUGUCCAUCCCUUUCACCGAGAUGAAGCUCCGACCAACAUCUUUCACCCCUCCAACUCAGGGAUAAUGACAAAGUGGUGGACGGAAAAUGAGAAAGGGGGAGAGGCACAGUUUAUGAACACACACACAUCCAGGUAACUGCUGAAAUAAAGGAAACACCAACAUAAAGUGUCUCGAUAGGGCGUUGGGUCACCACGAACCAGAACAGCUUCAAUGCACCUUCGCGUAGAUUCUACCAGUGUCUGAAACUCUAUUGGAGGGAGGCGACACCAUUCUUCCAUGAUAAAUUCCAUAAUUUGGUGUUUUGUUGAUGGUGGUGGAAUCUCCCAUCUCCCCAAGUGUUCAAUUGGGUUGAGAUCUGGUGACAGACACACACACACACACACCCUUUAAACCCACUAUUCUCCUUUGAGACCCCUCUUUCAAAGUCACUGAGAUCUCUUCUUCUAGCAAUGGUCGCCAAAAUAAUGGGCAACUGGCUAUUUUUAUACAUGUCCCUAAGCAUGAUGGGAUGUUAAUUGCUUAAUUAACUCAGGAACCAUACCUGUGUGGAAGUACUUACUUUCAAUAUACUUUGUAUCCCUCAUUUACUCAAGUGUUUGCUUUAUUUUGGUAGUUACCUGUACAUAAGCACACAUGCAAACCCACGCCCAGUCAUGCAUGCAUACACAGUACAUGCACCUAUUAGCUACAGUUUGAAAAUGUCCCAAUGCCUUGCUCUCCAGACUAAAGCCAUUCGAUUUUUUCAAAUGUAUAGAGGACAGUUAUCUGUAUGUUAUAUUGUACAGUUCCUAGAUUAUCUUUGAGAUUUCCCUUUUCUUUUUUUACUCCAAGUGUUGUGGCACCCCUUGCGUAAGCUGUAAAAAUGUAUGCACUGUCCCCUGGCUAUGAGGUACAAGCGUGGAAAUGAGCGGUGAAUAACGGAGAUUUCUGUUUGUACUUGACUGGCAAUUAUCGAGUUUUGGUGUUUGUCCUUUGUUUGUCUUAUUUGUGGUUAUAUGUCCUGUAUUUUCGGUUGCCCCAAUUCUCAAAUUGUAGUUGCUACAAUAAUAAAAUAAUGGUGGAACAUGG